UUUGUCGGGUGCGUGACUUUUGGACCACCCUGUAUAUAUCUAUAUGUAUAAGCUAUCUGAAACUAGCCAACGAAAAUAUUUUACUAUCAGAUGACGUCAUUAGUUAUUCAUUCUGUUAUUUUUUCAUCUAUAUAGCUAGUGCAGACGUAACCGAAGUUUUUGCGAGAUAUUGAAUAUUAUCGUUAAUAUUUGCAACUCUCAAUGUCGUAAUAAGAAUAAAUCUAAGUUUAAAUUAUCGAACUCUCAACAGAAGUAUUUCUUUGUAUUCGAAUGUAUCAACGUUUGAAGCAGAAAGAAAAAUUGAUUUUAUAAUUAUUAUUUAUAAAUAGAUUUGUUUUCUUUUUAUCUAUAGAAAAUUAUUAUUAAUAACUCAUGUAAUUUUAAAUGGCCUUAUACUUUUUCUUCUUCAUCUGGCAUUGCUCAGUGGUAAAAAAAAAUCUUUUCUAUUUUUUUUUAAUGUUAAUUAAUUACUUUAUUUUUAAAAAAAAUCUUUAGGAACUAUUUUCCGAUUCUCUGCUAUUUCAUUGAUCUAUGCUUUUCUUCUACUUGUUAUUCCAUGGUUGGGUACAAUUAAUAGAAGAACUAUUCAAAGUAAUAAUAUGAAAAUAUUCAAAUAUAUAAAAAUGAAAAAAAAUAAAAUAAAAUAAAUAUAUAUAUAUAUAUAUUAGCUCGUUAUCAUUUAUUGAUUCUCGUUGUUAUUCUCAUUAGUCUUCUUGCUAUUAUUGCUCAAAUAAUCUUUCAAUCAAUUCUUAUUGCAAGAAAACGUUAUGGUCAUAUGCUUAAUAAUUAUACUAAAAUUACUCAAGUUCUUCAAUAUUUUGGUCUAGAACGUUUAGAUAAUUCUAAUGCUAUUCGAAUCUUUCGAUUGAUUUUUCUUGAUAUUGUCAUAUUUGCUAUAUCAAUAAUCGAUUUUUUUGUUAUCCAAUGUACAUUAAUAUCUAUAAGACGACGUCAAACUUCUAUAACAUCGAAUACAACAAAUAGAUCAUCAUCAAUGAAUAGCAGUAAUAGUACAUUAAAGAAAAUUAAUAAAUGGUCACGAUUAUUAUCAAUAGUAAGAUUUAUGUGUUUGUUUAUUCAAUUUAUUAUUGUCGGUUUUGCUGCAUUUGUCUAUCCAAGUAUAUUAAAUUCGAUUUAUUUUAUUUUCUUUCUUAUGAUUACUUUUCUAUGGUCAUUAUCUAUUGAAUUUGAUAAAAGAUUUGCAUUGAUUCGUGCUUUAUUAGUCAUUUAUACAGGCAUACAUUUAUUUACUCUUUACAUAUAUCAAUUUACAUUUUUUCAAGAAGCUUUUGUACCAUUAUCAUUAUGGAGCAAUGUUACGGGUUUAAUAUCUAUUGUAACACAUAAUUGUACGAGAAGUGAACCAUAUAUUGCAAUUAAUCUUGCAUGGAAUGAUUAUAUAAAUCCAUGUGCAAUUUUACUACUUUAUUUUUAUUUUGCUUUUCAAACUAAUGAAACAUUUUUUUCAACGAGUAAAUUCAAUUAA